ACUGCGGGGUGAGGUUUUGGGGUGGGGCUCGCCUGGGACCUAGAGCUGAAUUUCCUGGGCUCCGCGGUGGGAGGAAGGACUUGAAUUUUCCUGGUGGGGGUGGGGGAUGGGUCUGACUUUUUUUGCUUCUUGUGAACGGGAGGGGGAGGUGUGGACGGGGGCUGCAAGUCGAGGUCGGGGUAGAGAACAGGGUGGGGAGCCCGCAGUCGGCUGCCUUGCGUGAUGGACUAGAACUGGAGGGUCCCUGCGCUCGGUUUGGGGACGCAUAUCCUGCUUUGGGGGCGGGUGAGCCUGAGCAUAGCCGCUGGUGGCCCGCUCGGCUGGGUGUGGCUCUCGUCCCCUCCCCCACCUGCAGCUGUCGGUCCCUUAGAGACGCUGUACACGGUCACCGGCGCUGAUCGGUGGCGGGGAAGGCGCUGGGUGGGAGAGCGGGGUGUGUCCGCGGCGGGGCUGGUAGUGGUUCCGCUUCUGCGGGCUGCUGUGGCGUCUCUGCCCCGGGGUCGGGCGGCUUCGCUCCCCCCCCGCCCCCACGGCUUGGGCGGGGGCGCGGACUGCUCCUCCCUCUGGCUCCGGUCGGGGGGAGGAAUUAACACUCUGCAGUAGGUUGGGCUCCCUGACACAGAUCCGCCAUGACAAAGGAGGAGAGUCGGGGACUUGAGCCGUGGCUCCGACUUGGGCGGAGCCUGGAGGGGGGUGGUUGCGAUACGCGGACCGGAGAAUUUGCACUUUAAAGUCCGGGUCUGCCCGUUUUCGUUUCACAGUAACCGACGUCUCAAGUCAGAACAUCCAGUCAUGGAUAAAAAUGAGCUGGUUCAGAAGGCCAAACUGGCCGAGCAGGCUGAGCGAUAUGAUGACAUGGCAGCCUGCAUGAAGUCUGUAACUGAGCAAGGAGCUGAAUUAUCCAAUGAGGAGAGGAAUCUUCUCUCAGUUGCUUAUAAAAAUGUUGUAGGAGCCCGUAGGUCAUCUUGGAGGGUCGUCUCAAGUAUUGAACAAAAGACGGAAGGUGCUGAGAAAAAACAGCAGAUGGCUCGAGAAUACAGAGAGAAAAUUGAGACGGAGCUAAGAGAUAUCUGCAAUGAUGUACUGUCUCUUUUGGAAAAGUUCUUGAUCCCCAAUGCUUCACAAGCAGAGAGCAAAGUCUUCUAUUUGAAAAUGAAAGGAGAUUACUACCGUUACUUGGCUGAGGUUGCCGCUGGUGAUGACAAGAAAGGGAUUGUGGAUCAGUCACAACAAGCAUACCAAGAAGCUUUUGAAAUCAGCAAAAAGGAAAUGCAACCAACACAUCCUAUCAGACUGGGUCUGGCCCUUAACUUCUCUGUGUUCUAUUAUGAGAUUCUGAACUCCCCAGAGAAAGCCUGCUCUCUUGCAAAGACAGCUUUUGAUGAAGCCAUUGCUGAACUUGAUACAUUAAGUGAAGAGUCAUACAAAGACAGCACGCUAAUAAUGCAAUUACUGAGAGACAACUUGACAUUGUGGACAUCGGAUACCCAAGGAGACGAAGCUGAAGCAGGAGAAGGAGGGGAAAAUUAACCGGCCUUCCAACUUUUGUCUGCCUCAUUCUAAAAUUUACACAGUAGACCAUUUGUCAUCCAUGCUGUCCCACAAAUAGUUUUUUGUUUACGAUUUAUGACAGGUUUAUGUUACUUCUAUUUGAAUUUCUAUAUUUCCCAUGUGGUUUUUAUGUUUAAUAUUAGGGGAGUAGAGCCAGUUAACAUUUAGGGAGUUAUCUGUUUUCAUCUUGAGGUGGCCAAUAUGGGGAUGUGGAAUUUUUAUACAAGUUAUAAGUGUUUGGCAUAGUACUUUUGGUACAUUGUGGCUUCAAAAGGGCCAGUGUAAAACUGCUUCCAUGUCUAAGCAAAGAAAACUGCCUACAUACUGGUUUGUCCUGGCGGGGAAUAAAAGGGAUCAUUGGUUCCAGUCACAGGUGUAGUAAUUGUGGGUACUUUAAGGUUUGGAGCACUUACAAGGCUGUGGUAGAAUCAUACCCCAUGGAUACCACAUAUUAAACCAUGUAUAUCUGUGGAAUACUCAAUGUGUACACCUUUGACUACAGCUGCAGAAGUGUUCCUUUAGACAAAGUUGUGACCCAUUUUACUCUGGAUAAGGGCAGAAACGGUUCACAUUCCAUUAUUUGUAAAGUUACCUGCUGUUAGCUUUCAUUAUUUUUGCUACACUCAUUUUAUUUGUAUUUAAAUGUUUUAGGCAACCUAAGAACAAAUGUAAAAGUAAAGAUGCAGGAAAAAUGAAUUGCUUGGUAUUCAUUACUUCAUGUAUAUCAAGCACAGCAGUAAAACAAAAACCCAUGUAUUUAACUUUUUUUUUAGGAUUUUUGCUUUUGUGAUUUUUUUUUUUUUUUUGAUACUUGCCUAACAUGCAUGUGCUGUAAAAAUAGUUAACAGGGAAAUAACUUGAGAUGAUGGCUAGCUUUGUUUAAUGUCUUAUGAAAUUUUCAUGAACAAUCCAAGCAUAAUUGUUAAGAACACGUGUAUUAAAUUCAUGUAAGUGGAAUAAAAGUUUUAUGAAUGGACUUUUCAACUACUUUCUCUACAGCUUUUCAUGUAAAUUAGUCUUGGUUCUGAAACUUCUCUAAAGGAAAUUGUACAUUUUUUGAAAUUUAUUCCUUAUUCCCUCUUGGCAGCUAAUGGGCUCUUACCAAGUUUAAACACAAAAUUUAUCAUAACAAAAAUACUACUAAUAUAACUACUGUUUCCAUGUCCCAUGAUCCCCUCUCUUCCUCCCCACCCUGAAAAAAAUGAGUUCCUAUUUUUUCUGGGAGAGGGGGGGAUUGAUUAGAAAAAAAUGUAGUGUGUUCCAUUUAAAAUUUUGGCAUAUGGCAUUUUCUAACUUAGGAAGCCACAAUGUUCUUGGCCCAUCAUGACAUUGGGUAGCAUUAACUGUAAGUUUUGUGCUUCCAAAUCACUUUUUGGUUUUUAAGAAUUUCUUGAUACUCUUAUAGCCUGCCUUCAAUUUUGAUCCUUUAUUCUUUCUAUUUGUCAGGUGCACAAGAUUACCUUCCUGUUUUAGCCUUCUGUCUUGUCACCAACCAUUCUUACUUGGUGGCCAUGUACUUGGAAAAAGGCCGCAUGAUCUUUCUGGCUCCACUCAGUGUCUAAGGCACCCUGCUUCCUUUGCUUGCAUCCCACAGACUAUUUCCCUUAUCCUAUUUACUGCAGCAAAUCUCUCCUUAGUUGAUGAGAUUGUGUUUAUCUCCCUUUAAAACCCUACCUAUCCUGAAUGGUCUGUCAUUGUCUGCCUUUAAAAUCCUUCCUCUUUCUUCCUCCUCUAUUCUCUAAAUAAUGAUGGGGCUAAGUUAUACCCAAAGCUCACUUUACAAAAUAUUUCCUCAGUACUUUGCAGAAAACACCAAACAAAAAUGCCAUUUUAAAAAAGGUGUAUUUUUUCUUUUAGAAUGUAAGCUCCUCAAGAGCAGGGACAAUGUUUUCUGUAUGUUCUAUUGUGCCUAGUACACUGUAAAUGCUCAAUAAAUAUUGAUGAUGGGA